UAUGCGGCGGUAAAUCUCGCUCCUCUGCUACCUCAUCUCCCUGCAUCCACGUCCCGCUGAAGAUGUCCUUCUUCGGCUUUGAUACGACCCUCCCGAGGGAUCGAGCCCCCGGGGGUGGACAGAGGGGUAUUUUUGAUACUCCUGACCCGUUUGCCGAAGUCGCUCGCGCCAGGUUGGAGGGACAUCAUGACAAUGAUGAUGAUGUAAUUGAUUUCGAGGAUACGUAUGAUGGUCUGGGAGAUCAACUCGACGACGAUCAGGAUGCGUUCAACGACGACACGUUCGGCGGGGACAUGGGCACUAGCGCCGUCGGUAAGGACUUUGACUUCUUCGGAAAGACCGCUCAGGUUGCCGAUGUCAUUGGAGAGGAACAAGUCCGCUACAGCCUACAAAAGCCCCAGGCUCCUACUGCCGCCCCUGUCGCCGAGGUCCCCGUUGCAACAAGUACCGUGGCCCAGAAGCCCAAGCGCACCGGAUACGAGAAGUAUUCAGAUCCGGAUUAUAUUCCGGAUCUUCAGGCCAAAUCCAGCGUUUGGGGUCUACAGAAGAAGCCCGAGCCCGCGCCCGCGGUUCACCCGGUAGUCCAGCCGGUGGUUCAGCCGAUGGUGCAGGCCAGGAAGAUGCUCAGCCUGGAGGAAGUGGAAGCGCAGUUGCGUCACCAGGGCCCCGGGCCUGCCCCGGGUUUACCCCCAGUUUCUCUCCCCCACUCAAUGGCAGAGGCACUCCAUCAUCUGCAGCGACCUCAGCAAAUCCCUGGGUUUCCGGAAGGCUUCUCCCAGCUGCCUCCUGAAUUCCUGCAGGCGCAGUUUGCUAAAGGUGUCCCACCUGCGCAGAUGCUGCACCACCCAUCGAUGGUCCCUGAGCCAUAUCCUCCCCCCAACUUGCCAUUGCAUCUUCUGCAGAAUGCCAAUCUUCCUCCUCAGCACAUGGUACACCCUCAGCAUCAAGCUCCCCCACGCGGGCAGCGGACCCAGCCGCAGCAACAACAGCAGCAGCAACAGCAGCAACAGCAGCAACAACAGGCGCCGCCACCGAUGCCCCAGAAUGUGCCUCAGGGUCCCAGGGGAACGAAUAGCAAUCUGCCGUUGAUCACGAACCCUCAGCAACUGAUGCAGCUGACGGAAGAGCAGCGUGUAGCGUACUUGAUGGAAGAUGCAAAGCGCGCGAAACGCAACCACAAGAUCUUCCUUCUCUCCAAGGGCAAUGGGCUGAUGACCCCCCAAGAUAAGAACUUUAUCACACGGAUUCAGCUCCAGCAACUAGUAGCAGCUGCAGGUAACGUCGCAGACGCGGAUUCGGAAGCUGUCUUGGCCGAGGACUUCUAUUAUCAAGUUUACAGCCAGAUCCGAGGCGCACCCAGACAGCACCCGCAUCAGCCACUUGGUCAUUUUGCGCAAACAUACCUUCUCCAGACGGGCAAUCGGCUCGGCGGUCAUGGAUCCCGACGUCAGGCACAAAGUGCAGAUAACCAUAUGCAGAGAAUGCAGCAACAGGUCCAACGCGCAGUUGAAGCCGCCAAAGCCAAACCGAAGAACAAGCAACUUAUCAUCGAAGGAAGCUUGGGCAAGAUCUCUUUUAGUAAUGCGAAGACGCCCAAACCAAUGCUCAAUAUCAAGCGCCCUGAGACUUCUGAGGGAGCCAAGGCGGUUAAGAAGCCACACACCGACCUCAGUCUGAGUGACCGGAAAUCUAUCUUGACCAAUAUCGAGAACGUAUACGGCACAUUGAUGGAGUUAGAGGAUAUGGAGCGCACAAUGCCUCCACCACCGAAUGAAGAAGAUGCGGAGGCAAUCCAAGAACACAUGGAAUGGCGACAGAAGGUUCGCUCUCUCAAUCAGAAGUUGUGGCAGGCGCUCAAGGUUAUGGAGCCCAUUGUUCCCAACACGAACACUCCACACCCCUUCAUUGCAUUCCUUUCGUACCCUAAGGGCAAAAAGGCCAUUCCACGCAUCUUCCGUCAUAUUGAUCAGGAGCAGCGGGUUACCAUCCUUACUAUGAUUGUUGUGCAUCUGGAUAGCUUGGACGUGGUUCGGCAGGGACAGCCGGCGCCUGGUGAAUCACAGCCUUCUCUAGCCGUGAGGGAAGCCAUCGAUCUCUUCUCGCAAGCGGUCAUGCCUAGUCUUCUGGGUUACGUUAACGAAGCCCCGUUCAACAUCAUUAUUGGUCUCUUGGGCCUGGUCAUCGCGCAAACUCAUGUACACAUGGUCGCCAAGACUCGUAUUGGGCUGGGUAUCUUGACCAUGCUUCUCAGCCGUGCCGAGAUCGUGAAGGAAGCCGGACAGGCCGCCGAACGGGACUGGCAACAGUGGGUGGACAAGUUCAACGUCUUGUUUGAUACCCUUGAACCUACUUUUGGAGACAUCUUCCCUGGCUCUAUCAAUGCAGGCGACGAUAUGUAUGUGUGGCAAUUCUUGGCUGCGGUCGGUAUUGGAGCUAGCCCCGAGCAACAACAGCGCUUGGUCAUCGCAGUGAAGGAUCGUGUCAUGGAAACAGUGGCAUAUAGCAAGACUCUUCCUGCGGACAUGGCUAGCCAACGACUUGGAAAUGUCAACCUCUUCAUGCGUGCCAUUGGUCUCGACGUUGAACUUCUCGGCUAG